AUGACUUCAAACAGCAUCAACAGAUCUACAGAUGUGUCUAAUAUCGACUUCGACAACCCCGGCAAGGCAGUUGCGAGACCACACACCCUCGCCCACGUGGUUCUCUGGGCCAACGACUUCCCCAAGAUGCGACAAUGGUACCUCGACUUCUUCAACGCCAGUGUGUCAUACGAGAACGAGAUGCUCUGCUUCCUGACAUACGACCACGAACAUCAUCGCAUCGCCCUGGGAAACCGCAUGCAGCCGGGAAAGCUGGCGCCCAAGGACAACACAUUCGCACACGCUGCGUUUACGUUCGCCAAUCUGCCCGAGCUGUUCCUCGCUUACCGCCAGCGCUUGCAGUAUGGCAUCAAGCCGCACUGGUGCGUCAAUCAUGGACCUACGAUCUCGAUGUAUUAUAAGGAUCCCGACGGCAAUCAUAUUGAAACGCAGGUGGAUGUGUACGAUACGUCUGAGGAUGCCACCGCUUUCAUGAUGAGCGAGGAGUUUGCUGAGAACCCGAUUGGCGUUGAUUUUGAUCCGGAGGUGCUUUUGCAGAGGAUGAGGGAGGGAGAAGGGUUUGAGAGUCUGACCAGGCGUGAGAGGAUUGGGAAGAGGGGGCCGGAUAGUAUUCCUGCUUGA